GCUCCUUAAAAAUGUCGCUCUCCACAGCCGCCCCUCAGCAGCUCUUCAGGGGAGAGGAGAGUGCAGAGCAAUCGAGUCCAGAGCUCUUCUGCUGAAUCAGGAGUUGCUGAAUGCAGAAAAAUGGCUAAACUCAAGCUGUCCUUCCUCUUUACCGCUAUUGUGCUCACAGCCAUCUUCAUGCCAGAUUUUCUGGGGGCCGGUCCAGUCGGGCACCAGGAGAAAGAGGAAGGUUCAGUGGCUGAAGCUGCUGAGGAGAAGCUGGUAAGCUCUUCAGCUCUGAAAAAGCUGAGCCGUCACAGGAGGAACGUGGCAUAUUACAAACGCCUACCAGAAUUCUGGGGCUGGUACAAGUACUUCAUGGACACCCACAACCAGGAGGGCGUUGAGAAUCUGGAUCGGCUCUAUCGGACCUACUUGCAGAAUAAGCACAGGGUGGAGGAUGGCCGUUCAUACAACCAUUACCUCAACCACUUGAGUGAGAUCUACAAGGCCUGUGCCAACUCAGAUGACCCGGACUGCAUCGCAGAGUCCACCAGCAAGCCUACAGCUAAGAUCGUCAUGCCUUCUGCCAUAAAGCAAGCUGUAGUGAAGGUGUGCAACCCGUACCUUGAUCCGUACUGCAUCUUUGCUCAUGGUCCACAGGCACCAUCUGAGGAGCCUUCUCCUCCUCCUGCUCCAGUCAAAGCUCCAGCUCCCAUCCUCACCCCCUUGCUCCCCAUGCCCUUGAAGGCUCCGUUGGGCUACUACUAUGCCCCAGUGAUGGAGCCUUUCUUAUCGGCUGAGCAGAAGUCCGAACUGCUGCGGAUCUGCAACCCUUCAGACGUUCAGUGCCUGCAGUACCACUUACGUGCUGCCUAUGGUUACAAACCUGCUCUGGGCCCAGCACCUUCCUAUGCUCACUUAAGCUGUGACCCCUCUGUAGACCCCUACUGCAUGCCUACUCUAGUAGCCAAAGCUCCGUCAGGUCUGUACCAUUUGUAUCCUAACUGCAAUCCUGCAGUUGAUCCUCUUUGUAUCUUGAAUGUCGCUCCAGCUGCCCAGACAGCAAGCAGUGAAGAGGCUCCCAGGGAGCAGUAUUGCAAUCCGCUGCUUGACAAAGGCUGCAAUCCACUCACUGCUACCAAGCUGGCUUCACUUACCAAGCCUGUGCUGGACUACACCCCUCAAGAUGAGCCUGCGCCCCUCAACCUGGCUUGCGACCCCCGCUAUGACCCAUAUUGCUUGAUGGGCGGAACAGCUGCCCUGUUGAAACCCCCACCACUCCUCCCCCAGUUCCAGACUCGGUCCCGUCUGGGUGUCAGGGGCAAGACCAAGGAAGGUUAUGACUGCUAUGUCUUCUACGAUAAGGACUGCACCCCUCUGGAGUCACACGACUUGAAAGCAAGUGCUCCUAGCACCCAGUCAGGCUGCCACCCCUAUGAUCCUAACUGUGGAAAGAUUGCGCCACAGGCCUCUACUGGAGCACUGGCUGCCAAGACAUUGCGGGAUGGUAUAAUCGAGCCCCAUCCCGACUGUGAUCCUGAGAUUGAUUUCAACUGCCGCCUGCGCCGUGCUGAGCCUGCAGCCAACAGCAAGCAAGCUGAGGAACCCCGAGAUGAGCCGUCCCAGCAAGAGAGCGGUACUGCCAAUGUAGCACCUGAGUACCCAGUCCCACGAUUCGAGGAUUUCCUGAGAGGAUACAUGAGUCAGUACAAGAAAUAAGUGGCUAUACCAGUAGCAGGGAAGUUUUGAGGUGCUUUUACAUGAACUCACCAACAUGCAUAUAAAUCCAUAGUCCUCAAGUCAGCACACACCUGGUGAUUAGGUCUGCACUCUCAGUUCAGAACAGUGCAGGGGGCCUAUGCUAGAGAUCAAAUCAAAGGAGGACCAUUUCAACCUCAGACAAGUCUUUUGAGAGACAACUUUCCUUUCUGAUAAAGUUAGCAAUACACAACUUAUUGUCUGCCAUCUCUUCAACAUGCGUUAGGAUUAAUCUUGAAAAUAGUGAAAUAAUUAGUGUAUUUAUGUAUGUCGCAGAAUAGAUGUAGUUUAUUUGAACAUUGCUUAGUAGGCAUUUAUUUUGGCAUAAUAGUACCUACCUGUUUUGUACAUUGUCAUUUUUAUUUCAUUACGUGACGAUUUCUGAUAAAACUAUUUAAUUUUUUUUAACAACUAUUCUCAAGUCAGUAUUUUCAUCUGUGUUGUACGCUUAUGUUUUGAUCCUAAAAUAAACAGCUUUGGAAACAA